CGCUCACGAUCCCGCGUCCCGUCCAGCUGUUUCGGCUGCGCCGGCUCCCCGGUUCUUGAGGGGAGCGGCCGCGCCCGCGAUUGUCCGCAGCAGUUGUUGGUGUCCACCCUGGGACUGGAGGAGGAAGUCCAUCCUUUGAGCUCCACAGUUUAACUGAGGGUAGUGAUGAGCAGCUGCCUUGAAAAGAGAUUAUCUGAUCAGAACCAACCAGGAAAGUCAGUACAAAACAUUCAGAUAUGGAUAUUAUUGCAAGCAGCGUAUCAACUCCUGAAGAAAUGGAAAUUAAAAAAAAUAAUUUGAAUUCAAGCCAUAUUCCAAAACUGAUUUCCAAAAAUGGAAAUUAUUUAGAAAUAAAAUCUGAGGAAUUUGAUGUAUAUAACCCCUGUGGACUUCAUGAAGUAGAAGCGGAAGAGAAAUGUGAUAGCAUUAAUGUGCCUGGAAACUCUCUUCAAUGCUAUGAGCCUCUUAAUGAGUAUCACAAGAUUCAGACUGUACAGCAGCCAUUUGAACAUAAUGCACAAUGGAAAGCCUUCAAAAUGAAGAAGACAUUUGCAUUUGGGAGUGUUCAUAUGGAAGAGACAUGUAAUAAGGGGACAACUCAGAUGGAGAAGAAAAGUCUCCAUAAAUGUUCUAAGCCAAGUAAUCAUCAACAAACCCAUAAAAGAGAGAAAUUCAGUGAAUAUUUUGAAUAUGGGGAACCUCCCAUUUACAAAUCUGAUCUUAUAAUAAAUCAGGUGCCCCAUACAGAGAAUAAAUCUCUUGCAUGUGAACCCUGUGGAAAACCAUUUAGCAGUCAAUCCUGCCAUACAAUGUAUCACAGCAGUCAUAGAGGGGAAAAUCUCCAUGUAUUUGGCGAAUGUGGAGAAACCCCAUAUCAGAAGUCAGACCUCAUUAGAAAUCAGAUUCACACAGGGGAGAAACCUUAUGAGUGUAAUGAUUGUGGGAAAGCCUUUGGCCGUAAGUCACACCUCAAAAUGCAUCAAAGAAUCCACACAGGGGAGAAACCUUAUGAGUGUAAUGACUGUGGGAAAUCCUUUGGUCAUAAGUCACAUCUCACAAUGCAUCAAAGAAUCCACACAGGGGAGAAACCUUAUGAAUGUAAUGAUUGUGGGAAAGCCUUUGGGCGUAUGUCACACUUAACAGUGCAUCAGAGAACUCAUACAGGAGAGAAACCAUAUAAAUGUAGUGACUGUGGAGAAGCUUUUGGCCGUAAGACAUCCCUCAUAAUGCAUCAAACAAUUCACAUGGAUGAGAAACCUUAUGAAUGUGAUGACUGUGGAAAAGCUUUUGGCCACAUGUCAUCCCUCAUAAUACAUCAGAAAAUCCACACAAGGAAGAAACCUUAUGAAUGUAAUGACUGUGGCAAAGCCUUUGAUAAUAAGUCCCACUUAAUAGUUCAUCAGAGAAUUCACACAGGGGAGAAACCUUUUGAAUGCAGUGACUGUGGAAAAGCCUUUAGCUGUACAUCACAACUCAUAAAACACCAGAGAAUUCACACAGGGGAGAAACCAUAUGAAUGUAAUAUCUGUGGGAAAGACUUUAUCGAGAAGUCACAAUUGAAGAAACAUCAGAGAGUUCACACAGGGGAGAAACCUUAUGAAUGUAAUCACUGUGGGAAAGGCUUUAUCCAGAAGCCACAACUCACAAUACAUGAGAGAACCCACACAGGAGAGAGACCUUUUGAAUGCAGUGACUGUGGAAAAACUUUUCGAAGUGCAUCACACCUCAUAAGACAUCAGAAAACUCAUACAGGAGAGAAACCUUAUGAAUGCAGUGACUGUGGGAAAGCUUUUGCUCAGAAGUCAUGCCUUGUAAUACAUCAGAGAAUUCACACAGGGGAGAAGCCCUAUGAAUGUAAUGACUGUGGGAAAGAUUUUGCCCAGAAGUCACAACUCAUAAAACAUCAAAAAACUCACACGGGGGACAAACCUUAUGAAUGUAACAACUGUGGAAAAGGGUUUAUCCAGAAGUCAAAAUUGAUACUACAUCAGAGAACACAUACAGGGGAGAAGCCUUAUGAAUGUAAUGACUGUGGAAAAGCUUUUUACCAUAGAUCAUCCCUCAUAAAACAUCAGAAAAGCCAUACAGGGGAGAAACCUUAUGAAUGUAAUGAUCAUGGAGAAGACUUCAUCCAGAAGCCACAACUCAUAUUGCAUCAAAGAGCAGACACAGGGGAGAAAGCUUAUGAAUGUGACCAUGGAGAGAAGCCACAAGUCAAAAUAAGUCAUAAAACAGAAGCAGAGGAGAAACUCCAUGAAUGUAAUGACCAUGUUGAAGCCGUUAUCCAGAAGCCACAGCUCACAGUACAACAAAGAACAGACACAGGAGAGAAAGUUUAUGAAUGUGACCAUGGAAAAUCCUUUAUCCAGAAGCCACAGCUCACAACACAUCGAAGAACAGACACAGGGAAGAAACCUUCUGAACAUAUUAACCAUGGAGAAGCCCUUAUCCAGAAACCACAACGCACGGUACAUCAAAGAACACACACAGUGGAGAAACCAUAUGAAUGCAUAACUUUGGAAAAGAUUUUUGCCAUAAACCACAUCUUAUGGACAUCAGGAAAGUCAGAUGAGGGGGAGAUAUUGUAAAUAAUACUGACUGAGGAGAAGUUUUCUUGGUGCAAAUCUGUCCUCAUGAAACAAUUCACACAGGGGAGAAGUGAAUGUUACGAAUGGGAGAACCUUUUGCCAAAAGUCACAUGGUAGAACACAGAAUUCGCAGGCAGAAAUCUUAUUAUUGUAGUACAUGUGAAAUUAUUUGUUUUCAGCAGUAGUAACUGAGCACAUCAGGGAAUUUAGACAAUGGAUAAAGCAUAAAAAUGAAUGAUUGCGUUUUAAUUCUGAAUCAAUGUAAUUAUUGUAACAAAGCCUUUUGCUGGAAAUCAGAUAUAGGCAUGGGACUCUUUUGGGGAAAUGGUUGAAAGUGCUAGUAGCAUGGCAAAGCCUUUUGCCAGAAAUCAAUCAUUAAACAUUGAAGAAUUCACAUGAGACAGUUUUGGAAGUGUAAUGGAUGUGGAAAAACAUUUUCCAGGUAUUCAGGCCUCCAUAGAAUUUACAAAGGAUACUGUUUGAUGCAGAAAAUAUAAGAAUGUUGUCUAGAAGUUCAGUCUCAGCAGACAUCAAAGAAUUCACAAAGGAAAACAAAGCUAUGUCAGUGGAUGUGAAGUCUUUGGGCAUAAGUUAGUUUUCAACUCACUUUAAGGAUUUAAAAGAUGGGGCCCAAUGCGAUG